AUGACCGCCAUCCUCACCCAAACGCCCCGUCUCUCCCAGCCACCAUUCCGAACCACCACCCUCCACUUUCUCAAACGCAGUUUAGCCACCAUGGGAGCGGUCGAUAUGCCCGGUUUCCCCUUUAAAAGGGCCUCCGGACUUGAUCCUCCAGCUGAGUUUGCCAAGCUGAGGAAGACGGAUCCGGUGUCGAAGGUGAAGCUGUUUGAUGGGUCACCGGCGUGGCUGGUGACAAAGUACAAGGAUGUUUGCCAGGUGGCUACUGAUCAGCGGCUGUCAAAGGAAAGAAGACGCCCUGGCUUCCCGGAGCUGAAUGCCAAUGGGAAGCUCGCUGCGAAGCAGAGACCUACCUUUGUGGAUAUGGAUCCCCCGGAGCAUACCAAGUAUCGUGGCAUGGUCGAAUUCGCCUUCACGACAGAGCACAUCGACUCUUUGAAGCCCUACAUCACCAAGACAGUCACGGAUUUGCUUGACAAGAUGAAGAGCAAGGGGUGCUCCUCUGGCCCGAUGGAUCUGGUUCAGGAGUUCGCUUUGCCUGUCCCAUCUUACAUGAUCUACACCAUCCUCGGAGUCCCUUUUGAAGACCUCGAGUUUUUGACCCAACAAAAUGCCAUCCGCACAAACGGUAGCUCAACGGCCAGAGAAGCAUCUGGUGCCGCACAAGAGCUCCUCAAGUACCUCACCCAACUCGUUGAGAAGCGUCUUGAGUCCCCUAAAGAUGACCUCGUCAGCAGGCUAGUGACAGAGCAAGUCAAGACUGGGAAUCUGAGCAAGGAAGAUGCGGUGCAAAUGGCGUUUUUGCUGCUUGUUGCUGGGAAUGCUACGAUGGUGAACAUGAUUGCUUUGGGCGUGGUAACCCUCUUCCAGAACCCUGACCAGCUUGCUGAGCUCAAGGCCGACCCAGAGAAGUGGGCGGGUCCGUUUGUUGAGGAGCUGUGCCGGUACCAUACUGCGUCUGCCAUGGCAAUGAAGAGGACUGCUAAGGAGGAUGUGGAGAUUGGUGGCAAGAUCAUCCGCGCCGGAGAGGGCAUCAUCGCCUCGAACCAAUCAGCCAACAGAGACGAAGACAUUUUCUCGGACCCGGAAAGAUUCGACAUGCACCGCAAGUGGGGCCAGGAAUGUGCCCUCGGGUUUGGGUUUGGCCCACACCGGUGUAUCGGGGAGCAUCUGGCAAAAGCUGAGCUGAUGACUGUGUUUGCCACGCUGUUUGAUAGGGUUCCGAGCUUGAAGCUGGCGAAGCCAAUCGACGAGAUUGAGUACACGCCCUUGGAUCGGGACGUGGGGAUUGUGAAGUUGCCCGUGAGUUGGUAG